GUCAUCCUGGAGUUUCAUGUAAUUUCUCUUUAAAACAGCGAGUGAUCAGUGACUCAUGAACUCUGGACUGAAUGUCUGCGAGCGGAUGAAACCGAUAAAUCCAUAGAGACCGAACAGACCUGAUCAUCCGGUUCGAUUAUCAGAAUAAGGAUGUCGGACUCGGAGGAUUUGUCCGAGUUUGCGAGUCUCGUGGAGCGCAUUGAGAGAGGCGAGCUGCCGAUGAGGAACAUCGAGCGAGAGUUGAUCUGUCCCAUCUGUAAAGAGCUGUUCACUCAUCCGCUCAUCUUGCCCUGUCAACACAGUGUCUGUCACAAAUGUGUCAAAGAUGUUCUCCUGCCCAAUCACGAGGACUCGUUCAGCACAGAUGCCGGGUCGGAGUGCUCGAACCCGGCCAGUCCUCGCUCCAGAGUUCCCUCUCCCAGUCUGGAGAAGCUGGACCGACUGGUGCAAUCAGGGUCCAUCUCUUCCCCUGGAUGGAGGCGUUCUUCCGUCACGCCUCGCGUCACCACCUUCCCGUGUCCGGGCUGCCAGCACGACAUCGAUCUCGGCGAGCGAGGGAUCAGCAUGCUCUUCCGCAACUUCACGCUGGAGAGUAUCGUGGAGCGCUACCGUCAGGCGGCGCGUGCGGCCGUCGCCAUCAUGUGCAACAUGUGCAAACCGCCCGUUCAGGAGGCCACCAAGAGCUGCAUGGACUGCAAGGCCAGUUACUGCAACGAGUGCUUCAAGAUGCACCACCCGUGGGGAACACCGAAAGCCCAGCACGAGUACGUGGGACCCACCACCAACUUCAGACCGAAGGUUUUAAUGUGUCCUGAACACGAGAUGGAGAAAGUCAACAUGUACUGUGAGGUGUGUCGACGGCCCGUGUGUCAUCUGUGCAAGCUCGGCGGUUCUCACGCCAAUCACAAAGUCACAUCGAUGAGCAGCGCCUACAAGAUCCUGAAGGAGAAGCUGUCGAAGAGUAUCCAUUACUUAAUCAGCAAAGAGGACCGAGUGCGGACUCAGAUCUCAGAACUGGACGUGUUGAUCCAUCAAAUGGAGGAUAACGGGCAGCUCGCAGAGAGACACGCAAACGAACACUUUGAACGACUCUUUGAGACUCUUCAAGAGAAACGGAGCGAGAUGUUGAGAUCCAUCGAGCAGUCGAGGAACCUGCGAGUGGAGCGACUGCGGGCACAGGUGGAGGAGUAUCAGGGCAUGCUGGAGAACAGCGGGUUAGUGGGAUACGCACAGGAAGUCCUGAAGGAAACCGAUCAGUCCUGCUUCGUUCAGACGGCCAAACUGCUGCACGUCAGGAUUCAGAAAGCCACCGAGUCCUUGAAGACGUUUCAGCCGGCGGCAAACACGUCGUUUGAUGAGUUUGUGUUGGACACGUCGAAGGAAGAGUUUUUACUGAAGGAGCUGAGCUUCAAUGGCGGUAAGAAUGAACACUUUCACGCUCUUCUCGUGAGAUUACAGGAUCUUUAUCAGAAUAAUCCACUUACAGACUCAAUCUCAUUCUGA